ACUGCAGCUGUCAAUCAAACAGCGUCUUUAUAACCAGCCGCAGAAGCUGCAUCACUGUGUCUCGGCGUAGACCAGGGGACAGACAGGAGCUCUGCCCGUGAUUAUUGAUCGUCAAUCGAUAGCUCCUUCUGAUGCAACUAAUGCAACGGGUUUAGAUCAGGAUUGGUUAAGUAUCGCUAGAUAGAUCAAACCUCUCUUUGAGGCACUGGCAUUUUGUGGAAACUAGUUAACUGUGACCAUUCCUGGUGUUUGCUCUCAUAUUAGCCGGCUUAUUUCGGAAAAGAUGGAUAAGUCGAGUGGGAACAAUUUGACAGCGGUGAACAGCUCCACCGACAAGUGGUCGCUCAAUGAACGAGGCCCUCAGCAAUACUGGGUCCCCGAGGAGCUCCGGGUGCUGGUGCCGGCCAUCCUGGGAGUCAUCUGUGUCUUGGGUGUGGCUUGCAAUCUCACUGCAAUGGUCAUCUUGUUCUCCGGCGCUCAUAGAGGCAAACUGUCUCUCAUCAACUCCCUCGUCUUCAACCUGAUGUUUGCCGACGCACUGACGCUGCUCUUCGCGGUUCCUUUCAGGGCCGCCUCCUACUCCGAGGCCACCUGGAACCUGGGCUGGGCGGUCUGCAAGACGGCCAACUGGUUCCUCCAGUCCUGCAUGGCAGCAAAGAGCUUCACGCUGGCUGUCAUGGCCAACGCGUGCUACCGAUAUGUCUCCAACCCCAACAAGCAGGUGAGCAUCCGACUGGGCUCCAUCCUGGUGGUGUUCUUCUCCAUCUGGCUGUCCGCCUGCUCGGUCGCCCUCCCGCACUGGCUUUUCGCCGUGCUGCGGAGAGAAGGCCGCGGGCUGGUUUGCGGGCUGGUGGUUCCUCCCGAAGCCCGGGACUUCAUGGCCGUGUACGUCAAAGCGUACCCACUGGUGGUGUACUGUGCGCCACUCAGCUUUGCCCUGAUGUAUUUCUGGAGGGCUUACGGCCAGUGCCAGCGCCGCUCCAGUAAGACUCAGAACCUGCGCACACAGAUCAGAUCCAGGAGGCUCACCCUGAUGUUGCUCAGCCUGACUGUGGCCAUGGCUAUCCUCUGGCUUCCCCAAUGGGUGGUGUGGGUUUGGGAGCGUCAUACGGCGGAGAAGGAGAUCGAGGGGGCUCGUCCCCUCAUCUCCUCUCUUCCCCCUCUCCUGACGCUCUCCGCUCAGCUGCUCACCUUCUCGCUGUCCCUGGUGAACCCUCUCAUCGUCCUCUCGCUCUCCGAGGAGUUCAGGGAGGGCUACAGGGGGCUGUGGAGGCGCCUCACACUCCGGAAGCAACCCCCGCCCAAGGCAAAGCCCGGACCUCACAACCCUACGUCCCUCCAGUCGCCUCGCCCCAGACCAGAGACCUCUGGCCAGGCGGAGGGAGAGAGGAGCCUUCAGUCCAGCUCCAGCCAGGGCCCCCGCAGAGAGGCUCAGCCCCAGCCGGAGCCAGUGGGGGAGAGCAGCGUUGACACGCUGAGCCUCAAAGACGGCAUCGUUUUGCCCGACGUGGAGCAGUUCUGGCACGAGAGGGAGACUGGGCUGCACGCGGAGGAAAGUGACCCCGUGCCGUGGGAGCACCAGAAGAAAGAGGGGGAUAACUGAGGCAUCUUUUAGUUGAUCUUUAACACAAUCCUCGUCCAGCAGCAGCUUCAUCAACAGGCCAUCGAUUGAAGAAUUAAGGCUUCUGCUGCGCCGUGAAUCAUUUGUAUUCUAUCACCUGUGUUUAAAUUGUUCAAAAGGUAAGAUGUGCCAUCAGAGAGGAAAACUAGAAUGGGCAGUAUACAGGGCAGUAUCAUCUGUAUAUAGGAUAAACAUAAUGUAAUAUUGUGUUUGUUUCAUUGUGUUUUUACUGCUUAGCAAAUACAAACUAGAUUAUAGUGCAGGGUGGCUUUUGGAGGCUGUAUAUCAAAGCCUCUGGUGGGAUGGCAAUGUGAAUUUAAUACACAGUAAUCUAUAUCUAUUCUCAGUAUAGUGUGUGAAUUGAUAUUGGAGAUCCAGAUAUAUUGAAUUACUUUUACUUAAACGUCUAAAUAACCAAUGUGUGCUGCAAGCAAUCCUCUUAAAUCCUCGCAAAUCUUAAAUUUGCAGAUUAAUUGGAGGUAGAUGUUAACAACUAAAUGUAUUAGUCACGUCCAACCAUUGUCAAAGAAUACCCUUUGGACUUUAGUGAUGUUGAAAUUGUCCGUUUUUUGAUGUAACAGUGAGUGUGUUUUUCUGCCGUCGCUUUGUGAGAGACAUUAUUUUGUAUUGAUUGUGCAUCUAUGACCAGUGUUUACAAUAAAGACAAUUCUA